GGCGCCUAUUAUAAAAACCCAAUAAAUUUACUGAGCAGUUACUGCACAGCUAGUUAAUUUUAUUGAGUUCAUAAUUCUACGGAGUCUACGGAUUAAUUCGUGUUCACUCACUGUUAAAUUAUAUGCACGAAGGUGACGAAACAACACACACUCAGCAAAUACUCAUUGUUAAAAUGUGUCAACUUUGUACGACAAGUAGUGCCGAACUUAGUAGGCUGACCUAUAUUAUUCCUUGACGAAACACAGAUCUUAUGCGCAAGCUGACUACGAAAACGAAAUUAAAGCCAGUGGACAGUGGCAGUGCAACCUUGAACUAGUUGUUGAACAUUACGGCCGUUUUGUAUAUCGUCGACUGGCCUGCCUAUGGCAAAGCAAUCAUGGCUGCAGUAAAAUUGAAAGAUACCAUAAUUUUAAAGCCGUGGUAAAUACGAUUGUUUGGUAACACUGAGAAAUUCAGACAAAUUUGUGUGUUUGAUAUGCCGACGGCGACGGCCGAGCGUGAGGAAUUGUUAUCGACAGCGACCUCGUAUGGUGCAACUUCGUCAAGUUAUGAUAUACUAUCACAGCAGUCAAGUCAGUUAACAGUGGAAGAAUCGGGAGACGAGAGGUCAAUCCGGCGAUACCCGGAAAGCGAUUUGAUCAGUACACACGGUGAACAACCUAUAACUGUCGGGGAAAUCAAACGAGAAAUAAAAAAAGCAAAGAUAGGGGCAAUAUUAACGCUGAUAGUUGCAGGGCUGUUCACAAUUCUCAGCUUGAUAGCUUCUGAAGAAUCGGACAGCACAGCCGCAUUUGGGUUUGCCUUUGAGUCCCUGCUUGCUGCUCUUGCCUCGUUCAUUAUAUUAUGGCGAUUUUGGUCGGUGAAGGAGCUUGAAAUCCGCAACCGUAGACGAGAAGUGAUUGCAUUAUUUAUUAUAACUGCUUCGCUAAUUAUAUCGGGUGUGUGGGUUGGUUUCGAAUCUAUAAAGGCUUUAGUUUUAACAGAAAAGCACAAAAAGUCGAAGAUGUUGCUUAUUUUAUCGUCUGUCUCCGUGGUAGUGUACCUAAUAUUGUUCGUAAUUAAGUACAGAAUAGCGAAGCGACUAUGCAGUAGGGCUCUACGUGCAGACUCCAUAGAUGCACUAUGCGGGGCUUUGUUAGCUCUCAGCAUCGUUGUGACAACAUCGACACGAGAAUUCACCACGAAGGCAUGGUUUUUGGAUGCAGUUAUCGCGCUUGGGGUAGCUGUGUUUUCGCUCGUGUACGGGAUUUAUUCUCUGGCGCAUUUUGUGAAACUUUACAAAGAUUACAGAAAGUAUGGUACGGAACAGAAACCACUUAUAAAACCAGAAAUCGCAGUAUACCCACGGGUAUAGACCAUUCAUACGAGUUUGACUCAAUAGACCUUUCUUAAUAAUGACGUCAUCGCGGAGAACAUUUAAUGCGAUGCCCCAAGAGACAAUUUUUAGCGACCAUUUACAAUGCAAAUGAUGUACUUUAUGAAAUUUAUUGACUUGCCAACGACUUGCACUGUCCCGUGGGACAUCGCAUAAAUUGAUUUUCUGCAUUGAAAUGCGUCAUUAUAAGAAAGGUCUAUACACUAUCAUAAAUUUCAUUCGUAAUAAAUUAAUCUAAUUAAGCAUCAAUCAUUAAUUGUCAUGUUUGCGGUAUGCGAAGGCGGCUUUAACACCCGUGGGGUCAAAUUUCCUAGGAAUUAUGGCCCGGGGUCUACAUUUCCUGGGACACCUGAAAAUGUAAUGCAUUCAGGUAUUUGGUGGACGCGCGCAGCGGACAUCGAUUAUAUGCAUGCCUCAUAAUUUGUGCGUAUAUAGCCAGCGAGUUUAAUCUAUCUAUAGCUCUAGCUACGUGUUUAAACUAUAUAUACUCUGGGUAGCCUUCGUGUUUGACUGCCCGGCGCUGCGGAGGAGAAUGGGUCGAGUGCUG